AUGGAGGUCCAGUCUCGUCAGGUGCUGAGAAACGAGAGGCAGGUCAUCAAGCUCAAUAUAGCACAUGGAAAAGAUGUGGAGCUUGAGUACUCGAACCCUGCACAUGAUGACAUGGCGGAACCAGAGAUUCACCCGCGGCACAUCAUCGUACUGGAAUUCAGUAAAUAUGAAUUCGCAAAAGUCAAGAGGCGAGCCUCCGCGGAGGAGCAGAUGGUCCAAAAACUCGCGGUGCUCUUUCACCGGUGCCUGUUCAUCCUCAUGGCGACACCCUACACGCAGGCCCGUAGUGAAUCUCCAUAG